CUAGCGAUGGCGUAGAUAGACUAGCUAGAAAGGAGGCAGAGACUAAAUACUAGUGCCUCGUACCAGUUUCAGGCUGAAGAGUGCUGCGAGAGUCAAAUCCAUCGUCAGGUUGAUGAUUGUAAAGAGGUUGACCAACCAAGGAACCAAGCAAUGCCGAAGUGGUAGAGAAGCAAAUGGGCGAAGAGAGAAUAAAUCGCAAGAGGCUUUUCGGGUUGGAUUUCUAAGCAGGAGUCACUGGCUUCCCCACUUGCAGCCUGAGGUUUGCACCGGCAGAACACCUCAGGCUACACUUUUUGCCUUCUGCAGGGUUUUGUAGCCAAUCAUCAUCUUCCAUUCUAUCCACCGCCCCUCGAGGCCAUCGCCCCCCUCUUAGUUCAGUCGAAGAUUCCAUUCCAUCUGCCCUCUC